AUGCGUCACAUUCACCUCGAAUGUCACCUCGAAAUCAACCGUCUCAGACGAGAAGAAACACAGCUCACCCAAACCCUCUCUGCAAUCCGCACCCGCCUAAACGCUCUCCUCCCCAUCUCUCAGCUGCCUACCGAACUCCUCCUCGAAAUAUUCAUAAUCUGCGUUUCAUGGCUCUAUACCCCCCACGGACACAAUAUCAAACGUAUCCAACACCCUCUAGCAUUUACACAAGUUUCUCGAACAUGGCGUCUCGCCUCCCUCUCCUCCCCCCACCUCUGGUCCAAAAUCGACCUAUCCAACCCCCUCUUCGCCUCUUACUUCCUCCAACGCUCUAAAAAAGUACCUCUAUCCCUCACCUCCUCACUCCCUCCAAAGCUCGACGUGGACAUGCUCGCUCCCCACGCACACCGCCUCUCCUCCAUCGACCUGUUCCUCUUCCCAGACGACAUGGAAACUCUCUUUACCAGUAUCGGCCCUUGUUUAUCAAAAUCAGUCACAGAGUUAUCUUUAAAAGUCCCACCGGUAUCAUGCUGCAUCGCUCUAAACCUCUCCUUCCCAAACGUCCGCAAGCUAACCCUCGACUGCGUCUCAAUACACUGGGAAAGCAUCCAAAACCUCACACACCUCUCUCUCCGCAUCCCCGUCCCAGAAUUCUGUCCUUCCCUCCCCCAACUCCUUGCAAUAUUCGAGAAAUCUCCGUAUAUGACUUACGUGCGACUCGAAAACAUCUCUCCCGCCCUGCCUUCCCCCUCCUUAAUCUCCCAAAACCAAAAAACAAUCCACCUCCCACGCCUAAAGGAACUAACCAUCUCCUCCCCACCCCUUCCCAUCUCCUCCCUCCUCUCAGCCCUAACCCUAUCCCCCCACGCCCGCAUCCAACUCUUCUCCCGCCUCCCCCCCAACGCAGAUCUACACACCCUCUUUCCCCUUGGCGGACUCCCCUUUUCCUCUCCUGGUCCUACAAUCUCAACAAUCCGUCUAGCCAGAUACGCAAUGUACCUCCUACGUCCCAACGCACCCGCAUGGAGCGAUACCCCGGCUAAUGUAGCGUUCUCACUGUCGUCUUCGUUACCCGUUGCGAUUCCUACCGUGAACUCACUACACCGCAACAUCCUACCGCUGAGGCUCGUGACGAGCUUGGAAUUAGCGACGGGUGUGUUGAUUGAUUUACAUCGUGAUGAGCUCCAGCGCUUUUUUUGGAGUUUGGUCGGUUUGGAGGAAUUGAGGAUUGCGUUUAAUGAUUUGACGGAUAUCCUUUCCUGCCUCUCCUCCUCUCCUUCGUCUUCCUCCUCCAUUUCCUCUCCUUUCGUAUCUUUUUCUCAUGAUGAUGAGGAUGGAGACACCCCACCACCAAAAAUCCCAUGCGCAUGCCCGAACCUAAAUUCACUAACAUUCAACAAACCCUCCGACCUCUGGUGGCAUUUCCGCGUUAACUGGCUUUCCCUCGUAUUGAAGUGUGCGAAAGCGAGGAAGAACCAUCGGGUGGGCUCAGAAUUCGACUUUGUCCUCUAUCGUCAUGCACCUGCUUUACGAAUGAUUGUCGCCCUAUGGACAUCCUCAAAAACGCCGUCUAAUCAAAUUGCGUCAAAGCCCAUUGAAACGUUAUAG